GUAAACGGGUUUAGUUGUUAUUGGCGGGGCGUGUAUUUUUGCUAGCGAAUGUGUCACCGCUGGAUGUAAACGACCACGAAUGCGAAGGGAGUACAGCACAGAAUGGCUCCAACCAGGCAGAGAAAUCCAAAAGCUACCGGCGCCGCUGAGAUAGAGAAGAAAAUUAAAAGGGGUAAUGCGUUACGUCAGGGAACAGCAUGGAAGACCUCCAGAGUUCUUUGGACAGUCCUACUGGUUGUGCUAUCGCUGUGUGGCACAGCUGCAUGGAUCUACAUGAGCUCAGAGGACAGUGACAUCACAGAAGUUCUUGUGAGUCAUCGUGAGUUGGUCGCACCUGAUCCCAGGCUCUUCAGCGUUCCUUGCUCCGAGGACUAUGAGAACUACAAACGUUACCCAUCAUGCACCCCUCAGAAGUGUGGGCGUGCAGUCACUGACAGUGUGGUGACGAGGGAGGAAGCUCAGGUCCUGAGGAGACUGGCGGAGAGAGGCCUGGGGCUGGCUGGAUCAGAGGGAGGAGCGUCUAUUCUGGACUUGCAUUCAGGGGCGUUAUCAAUGGGGAAACAGUUUGUCAACAUUUACAGGUAUUUUGGGGAUCAGAUCAAGGAUGUAUUCACGCAAGAGGAUUUUCAGCUUUACAAGGAAGUACGCAAACGAAUUCAAGCCACUAUAGCUGAGACAUUUGGUUUGGACCAGAAUUUGAUGUACCUUACCAAGCCCACAUUCUUCUCCAGAAUCAACAGCACCGCUGCCAAGACACAACACGACGAGUAUUGGCACCCACACAUAGAUAAGGUGACCUAUGGAUCCUUUGACUACACUUCGCUCUUGUACUUGUCUGACUACGGCUCCGACUUCACAGGAGGGAGAUUUAUCUUCAUGGACCAAAAUGGCAACCGCACAGUGGAGCCACGGGCAGGGCGGGUGUCUUUCUUCUCCUCUGGCUCGGAGAACCUUCACCGCGUGGAGAAGGUGACAUGGGGGACAAGAUACGCCAUCACUGUGUCCUUCACGUGCGAUCCGGCACACGCCAUAUCUGACCCAUCGCUGCCCUGAAGCCAUCUCAACGGUGACAGCGCCCGUGGCUGGCUUAGUCAAAGCCUGCAACACAGAGCAGAGAGAGAGGACAUUGAAAGGCUUGACAUCAGCUUCACUGCUUUCGUCCAGGAGAAACCUCUUAUUUUUAUCCACUUUGGUUUUUAUUGGGGAUUUUGGACAAUUCAGGGUAAAAGUGCAGGUGGACUGAAGCUUCAUCAGUUGUCCAAUGGUGGGUUUAGUUUCUUUGCUAUCUGAAGAGCAGCAAUUUCAAGAAAGGGAAUCGAUGGAACGUGUUGUCGUCACGCCAACAUAUGAGCCAGAAGUCUUCUGCCCACCCUCGAGGGGUUGAUCUUUUAUUGAGGUUUUGUUGUACUGGUGUGAAGAGCAUUUUCAAUUAAACGGAUUAAGGCUGAAGUGUUUUCUUGUAGCUCCUUUUGAUGACCUCUCGUCACGUAAUAGUUUCCUUUUCUGUCUUUUUCUACCUGCGAGGACUCCAGAAGAUCCGCUUCAUUGACCACAACAUCUGCUUCUAAAUUCAUAGUCUUCCACUCGGCUCAACAACAAGUCUUCUCUCGAGAGGCUUUGUUUGAGAGAGUUUCUGGAGCGCCAAACAAAUUUAAUCUCCAGUAUUACUGUUAGUGAUCCAGUCAUAUGUGACAGGGUUCUAUGAGAUGAGACCGUGUGCUAAGAUGAGAGUUUGUUUGCAUUUUUCAUGCAUUUUUAAGUCGGGUGCACCGCUGACCCUUCUACGGUGCAGACAGCACCACUGCUUAUAGACCGGUUCAACUUAUGUAUGAACAAGAUCUAUUUUCCUUCUUAAAUAUAGUUGGUGCGGCUAAUAUUCUGGUGCACUCUAUACUCUGGAAUUUACGGUAUAUUGAACAGAAGUCAUGAUUAAAUAUCAGGAAAGCACAUUAGGAAAGUCGAUAGUGUUGUUAUCCUUUUGCACACAUCUCUCUCCAGUCUGUCAGUGAUUCUCAUUUCAGUGAUCCAGUCCCAGUUUCCCCUCAAUAUUUGUAAGGAAUUACAUGAAUAGACCUAUUUAUAGU